CCGAAAGCGAGGUUUGAAACGCUCGGCCGUGGAACGCGUUUCCGCUUCCGGCCUCCUGUCACACAGUUUUCCCGCCAACUGCUGGAAACCUACCCGCGAAAGUUGAAAACGCGGAGAGAGGAGCCGCAGACGCCCGGAUAUGCCUGCCAAAAAGAAGCCCAUGCGAUAUGCUCACCUCGAAGGACACACAGAUGUCUGUUUUAAUGAAACUGGAAGCUGUCUGGUGACCUGCGGCAGUGACGGAGACAUUCGCAUCUGGGAAAACAUAGAGGACGAUGACCCCAAGUCCAUCAACGUUGGAGAAAAGGCAUAUUCGUUUGCUUUAAAAAAUGGAAAAGUUGUUACUGCAGACUCCAACAAUGCAAUUCAUAUGCAUACAUUUCCAGCUGGGGACCCGGAUGGCAUUUUGACGCGGUUCACUACCAAUGCCAACCAUGUGGUCUUUAACUCCGAUGGCACUAAGAUUGCAGCUGGUUCAGGGGAUUUCUUGAUAAAAGUUGUGCAGGUGGAAGACAGCAGUGUACAGAAGACUCUGCGUGGACACAGCGCUCCUGUAUUAAGUGUUGCCUUUGAUCCUAAGGAUGAGUAUUUGGCCUCUUCGGGAUGUGAUGGGACAGUAAGAAUUUGGAACAUUGAAGAGCAGGUUUGUGAAGUUAAUCUGUCUAUUCUACCAAAAUGCAAUGAUGUUAUCAACGCCAAGUCUAUUUGCCGUCUGUCAUGGCAACCAAAGAAUGGAAAGUUGCUUGCUGUUCCAGUUGAUAAAUCAAUUCAGUUUUAUGAGAGGGAUGCGUGGAUGAUGAGCUUCUCCUUAUCUGAUGAUUUCAUAACUCAGCCUCUGAAUGCAGUGACCUGGUCUCCCUGCGGAAAGUUUAUCAUUGCUGGAAGUAUCGAUGGCUGUAUUGUGGCUUGGAAUGUGACAAGCAAAGUCUGCUUGGAAAGGGAACAACAUGACAAGAAGUUUACAAUCUGUUGUCUGUCUUGGCACCCAAAGCUGCCUCAAGUUGCAUACACUGACAAUGAAGGCAACCUAGCAGUGCUCGAGAAUGUCUGCCAAGAGGAUGCUGUGUUGGCCAGCACUAAGGUCUCAAGUGCUGCAAAAAAAGAUUAUGAUGAGUUGUUUGAUGGUGAUGACGACGACGAGGACUUCCUAAAUGGAGAUAUGAUGGAUCAUCAGGCUUCUGUGGGAAAUGAAGACGAUGACGACAACUUUGCACCUGUUUCUGGUCAUGCGAAGAAACGAACCAUCUUGGAUGAUGAUGAAAAUUCUUUAGAUAUUUUAUCCUUAAAAGCCAAUGAUACUGAGAAACCAGAAGGAGAGGAUGAUCAAUCCAUCAAAGCACAAGCUAUUCCUUAUCCUUCGAAACCUACUUAUAGUGGGCCAAUGCCAACACCCCCACAAAAGCCUUUCCAGCCUGGUUCUACCCCUUCACAUCUUUUACACCGCUUUAUGAUGUGGAAUUCUAUUGGUGUUAUACGUUGCUACAAUGAUGAACAAGACAACGCCAUUGAUGUAGAGUUUCAUGACACAUCCAUACAUCACGCAAUUCACUUGGCUAAUAGUCUCAACUACAUUAUAGCGGACCUGUCCCAAGAAGCUGUACUACUGGCAUGUGAAAGCACUGAAGAACUGGCAAGCAAACUCCAGUGUCUGCACUUCAGCUCAUGGGACAACAGCAAAGAAUGGAUGGUGGAUAUGCCCAAAGGAGAGGACAUCCAAGCAGUGUGCCUGGGCCAAGGAUGGGUAGCCUGUGCUACAAGUGCAUUGUUAGUUCGCAUCUUCACUGUCGGUGGCGUUCAGAAGGAGAUCUUCAGCCUUCUCGGGCCAGUUGUCUGCAUGGCAGGUCAUGGAGAGCAACUUCUCAUAGUGUAUCACAGAGGGACUGGCUUUGAUGGAGACCAAUGUCUUGGUGUACAGCUUCUUGAGCUUGGUAAACGAAAGAGACAGGUCCUGAAUGGAACCCCUCUUCCCCUGUCUAAGAAGAGUUUACUCUCCUGGCUUGGAUUCAGCGCUGAAGGGAGCCCCUGCUAUGUAGAUUCAGAGGGUGUUGUUCGGCUGCUGAACAGAUCCCUUGGACAUACUUGGACCCCUGUGUGCAAUACAAAGGAACAUUGCAAAGGAAAGUCAGAUCACUGUUGGGUAGUUGGUGUCCAUGAAAACCCCCAGCAGUUAAGGUGUAUCCCUUGUAAAGGGUCAAGGUUUCCGCCAACACUUCCACGUCCAGCUGUGGCUAUUUUGCCCUUCAGACUUCCUUACUGUCAAAUUACUACAGAGAAGGGACAGAUGGAGGAGCAAUACUGGAGGUCUUCUACCUUCACCAAUCACCUUGAUUAUUUGGCUAAGAAUGGUUAUGAAUGUGAUGUAAAUGUCAAAACUGAAGCUGAAAAAGAGCAGCAGGAAUUGUUAAUGAAGAUGUUUGCCUUGUCUAGCAAACUGGAGCGUGAAUUCCGCUGCAUGGAACUGGCUGAACUCAUGACUCAGAAUGUGAUGAACCUGGCUAUUAAGUAUGCCUCGCGCUCCAAGAGACUAAUUCUGGCCCAGCGGCUCAGUGAAAUGGCUCUAGAGAAAGCAGCAGAAUUGGCAUCUGCUCAACAGCAGGAAGAUGAGGAGGUAGAAGAUGAAGAUUUCCGGAGCAGGCUGAAUUCUGGAUACAGCAGGACUGAGACAGAAUGGGGGAGGCCAAACUCCAGACAAACUGCCCAGGAAGAGGAAGUUGAAAUGAAUGGUGAAGAUGCAGAUGAAGAAACAGAAGAAGUUCAGCAUCCUGAGACUCCCAACCUGAUUAAAAGGACUGCAACAAAUCCAUUCAGCAAAACUAUCACUUCCCCUGAAGAACCUACCUCAAAACCCGGUCUGAUUGGGUCCAGCAACCAAGGCAGAGUUAACCCUUUCAAGGUAUCAGCAAGUCAGAGGAGCCCAGCACUGGCCGGCAGCUCAUCCCGCAUCCUGGAUAACAUGACUAAAUUAACAAAGAAAACUCCCAUGGCUGCAAACCAGUCUGCAAGCAAGUCCGAUUCUCUGGUCAUUAAGCCUCUGGCUCCAAGAGCAAAGUCUAAGCAGGGUCAGGCUACAUUAUUCCAAAAUACCCAACCCAAAUCCACUGCAAAGAAAAUGCAAGAAAAGGAAAAUCCCACACCACAGCCAAUUCAAGAGAAAACUGAACCUAAAAGAUCUAAAACUGGCUUCCAGCUAUGGCUGGACGAGAACCGUCAGAGUAUCUUGUCUGAGAAUCCUGAACUCGAUGAGUCUGAAAUUAUUAAGGAGGGCAUGAGCCGUUUCAGGGCACUGACUAAUGAAGACAGGAUGAUCUGGACAGAAAAAGCUAAAGGAGACGACUCCGCUGACCUAAAGAAGAGGAAACGAGAGGAACAAGAAAAUAGAGAAUCUCAUGAAGGUCCAGAUGGAGACGCAGCCGAACAGAAUGCAGCCUCUAAAAAACGCAAACCUUUCGAAAACUCGACAAGUAACAAGCUUUCAGCAUUUGCAUUUAAGAAAGACUGAGGUAACCUCUAGAUCAGUUCUGUGAAUUGUUUCCAAUAGCCGGUGGCCCUUAUUCUUGAAGAUGCUCGGUUUAUACUCUUGUCAUUGUGUGACUGACAUCUUUCUGUAUCAGGGAUAGAGGUGCCAUCUUCCUUCACCAACGCCAAGUGGUGAAAUCUCAUUGGCAAGCACUGUCAUUACUGCACUCCUGUGAAAAACGUAAUGCAGUUGCUUUGUGGAGAAAAACUUUUAGCACUAUGAAAUGGUAAAGAAUACAUUAAAACAGUACUUCAUACCCUAGGAUUGUGCAUAUAUGCAUUAAAGUGGAACUCCAGUACUUAACAUCUUAUCUCCUAUCCACAGGAUAAGGAAUAAUUACGUGGCUGAUCAUGUGGGGUCCGACCCCCGCCAUCUCCUGCCUGGCGCCCCGGCUCUCCUCAUGGAUAAGCAGUUAAAGGGGUUCUCCGUUGAAAAAAAAUGUUUUUUUUCAAAUCAACUGGUGCCAGAACGUUAAACAGAUUUGUAAAUGAC